CACGUGACGUCACGUGUAGUGGGCGGGGCGUCGUCGAAUCAGGAACAAUCUCCAGAAGCCUGGUAUCGGCUAAAGCCCCAGCCGAUGUACAGUCAUCCUAAACAUCGCGCGUUCACCUUCUCACACCUUUAGACCCAAAAGAAAUGCCAACAUGGGUUCUCCAAGUGAAAUGAAGGCCGCCGCGGUGCGUGUCUGGAGAAGACUGCCCGUGCAUGUGUUUGUUUUGGCUAGUUCCCUCUGCCUGUGUCAGUGCGGAGCUGAAGAAGACAGCGCGAUGGAGAAUAUCGUGACAGAGAAGAAAGCUGAAGAAAGCCACAGACAGGACAGCGCUGACCUCCUCAUCUUCAUCAUGCUCCUCACCCUCACCAUCCUCACCAUAUGGCUGUUCAAGCACCGCCGCUUCAGGUUUCUGCACGAGACUGGACUGGCGAUGAUAUACGGGCUGCUUGUGGGUGUCGUCCUGCGUUAUGCUAUUCAUGUGCCCAGCGACAUAAACAAUGUUACGCUGAGCUGUAGUGUCAACGCCAGUCCAGCCACACUUCUGGUCAAUGUCAGCGGUAAGUUCUAUGAAUACACCCUGAAAGGAGAGAUUGGUGCCAAUAAUGUCAAUGACAUCCAGGACAACGAGAUGCUCCGCAAGGUGACCUUUGACCCUGAGGUCUUUUUCAAUAUUCUCUUGCCUCCCAUCAUUUUUCAUGCUGGCUACAGUUUGAAACGAAGACAUUUUUUCAGAAAUCUGGGCUCUAUUCUUGCCUAUGCGUUUGUGGGAACUGUUGUGUCGUGUUUCAUCAUUGGGGCGUUAAUGUAUGGCUGUGUGAUGCUGAUGAAGAAAAUUGGUCAUCUGGGCGGUGACUUCUUCUUCACUGAUUGCCUUUUUUUUGGUGCGAUCGUCUCAGCCACUGAUCCAGUGACAGUUCUGGCCAUCUUCAAUGAGCUGCAUGUGGAUGCUGACCUGUAUGCUCUGCUGUUUGGAGAAAGUGUUCUGAAUGAUGCUGUCGCUGUCGUACUGUCCUCGUCAAUUGUAGCAUAUCAGCCUACAGGAGACAACAGUCACACAUUUGAAGCAAUGGCUAUGCUCAAGUCCUUUGGCAUCUUUCUAGGGGUCUUCAGUGGUUCUUUUGCUCUUGGAGUGGCAACUGGAAUCGUGACUGCACUCGUUACUAAGUUCACUAAGCUUAGGGACUUUCCAUUGCUGGAGACGGCGCUUUUCUUUCUCAUGUCCUGGAGCACGUUUCUGCUGGCAGAGGCUUGUGGAUUUACAGGUGUGGUGGCCGUUCUGUUCUGUGGAAUGACACAGGCCCAUUACACCUUUAACAAUCUCUCUCCUGAAUCCCAGGACAGGACGAAACAAUUAUUCGAGCUACUGAAUUUCCUGGCUGAGAACUUCAUAUUUUCCUACAUGGGCUUGACAUUGUUUACCUUCCAGAACCACGUCUUCAACCCGAUCUUCAUAGUGUGCGCAUUUCUGGCCGUGUUUCUGGGCAGAGCGGCGAACAUCUAUCCACUCUCUUUCCUGCUGAAUUUGGGCCGUCGAAACAAGAUCACCUCCAACUUCCAGCACAUGAUGAUGUUUGCAGGUCUUCGUGGUGCCAUGACUUUUGCCCUGUCCAUCAGGGACACGGCUACAUAUGCACGGCAGAUGAUGUUCUCCACCACGCUGCUGGUGGUCUUCUUCACGGUUUGGAUCUGUGGAGGAGGCACAACUCAGAUGCUGUCCUGCCAGAAAAUCCGUGUUGGAGUGGACACAGACCAGGAGAACUCUAUCGGCCCUGAUGGAGUGGAAAGGAGGAGCACUAAACAGGAAAGCGCCUGGCUAUUCAGGAUCUGGUACAACUUUGAUCACAAUUAUCUAAAGCCCAUUCUGACCCACAGCGGACCACCGCUCACUGCCACACUGCCUGCCUGCUGUAGUCCUCUGGCUCGCUGCCUGACCAGCCCACAGGCCUAUGAGAAUGAAGGCGAGCUGAAAAAUGCAGACUCUGACCUGAUCCUGAACGACGGUGACAUCACUCUUACCUACGGUGACAUCACUGUGAGCACAGAUGGCACGGGUGCCCACUCGAGUGGCGUUCUCAUGGGAGGAGCGGCGGUGAACUCAGACGAGGCUCUGGAUCAAGAGCUGGCGUUCGGCGACCACGAGCUGGUGAUCCGAGGAACCCGACUGGUCCUCCCAAUGGACGAUUCAGAGCCUCCACUACCUCUGGACUCCCACCGCCAACGGCACAGGAACGAAUUCAUGAGCUGAACGGGUGACAAAAAAACGAGUCUCUUCUCUCUAUCAUCUCUCAUGCGGAGCAAUCUCUCCUGUCUCUGAAGUGGCUGGUUUGAUGUCUCUACCUCAUUCCUCACUCUUUUCUUUUACACUGAAUUCUCAAUUAUUUAUUCACCUCUCUUCUACAGAUUUGUUUUGUUUCUCAUUCUUUUCGGCUAACCAGACCACUUAGCAUCUGACGGAUGGGAAGCAUGCUCUGGUUUCUCAUGAUGACAGAACAAGCAUACUUCUAGUGUCUUUAGCAAGGCAGGAAAUUGUCAUGCAUGCACACUUGUGUCCUCUCUUGACGUGCUUGUUUGGGAGAUCUGUGACACAUUCCUGUGAGUCAGAUGCUUUUUACUGCCUUCUCUGUUUGUGAGUCUGACAGAGGUGUGAUGAACGGUGGCUCUGCGUUACAAUUAAGUGCCUGUCGAAUGUAGUUUCCCACUCUUAGAGCAGAAUGACACUAUUUGCCGUCCACUAGAGGGAGGCCUUGUAUUUUCAUAGUUUGUAUUAAUGGUGAGGGCGGAUGCCAGAGAUGUGGUUGGAGAUUAUAUUGUGACCUUUGACUGUGAAUCAAUGAAGGUUUUUAGGCCUUUUUUGUCAUCGUUUCACCCAGUCAGAAGAUAGAGAGCCAUUCAUAUAGUGCAAUUUCUGUUUGUUGCUGUUGUUGGAGCAUUUUUCUAAAAGAAAACUAAUGGCGUAUAGCUUUAAGAUAUUAUUAUCAUUAUUUUCCAUGUAGGAUGUUUCAGAUUGUCAUGUUUAACUACGAAUGUCUUGGAUUUUACAUUACACGUUGGUAUUAAAAGAUUCGCCAAUAAAAACAGCCCAUACUUUUUUGUAGUAGGGCAAUCUAUUGAUAUGCAUUCAGAAUCUGAAGGAAAAAAAAAAAGAGAAAAUGCUAAUGAGACGUGCGCCUUUUUAUUUUUAAUAUUUGCAUGAUGUGUUUUGCGGAGAACAGCACAGCCCUCCAUGUUUUCUCCUAAAACGUUUUCUAACAAAUUGAAAACACUUCAUAUAUAUGUAGAUCAGUGUGGAGUGUCGCACCGGCACUCUUGUGACUUUUACGUUGGUUGUAAUAAUGCUUAUUGUAUACCUGUUCAGAUUAAUUUUAAAAGGGCUGAAUGAUUGAAAGAUAUUUUAUGUUCACAUCUAUAAAAUAAAACAUUGAAUAAGGCAUCAGGUUUUGUCUUAUUGUUUUAGGCUUGAUAACGUGACCUUAUUGCAGGCCUCUGGAAAUUAGGUUGGAUUUGUAUGAUGCUGUGAAUUGACCAGUGACGUCUUAACAUUUAGACCUGCAUCCCAGUUUGCAUAUUUUGGAUUCAUAAGUAUAUAUGAGCAUUAAUGUAUUUUAUAAUACUUUGGACUUUGUAUACUUGCACAAUUUGUAAGAUGGCAAUUAUUUAACAGAUGAAUCAGAUAUUUAAGAUAAUAAAAUAAUAAAUGAAAUUAUUCCAAAUUCCAAUAUGCUGUUUGAAAGUUUACAUUCUCUUGGUUGCCUCAUCGAUCGACUGUGAUGGGUAUGUACUUAAAUAUGUGACAAUUCUACAGUUACAAAUUAGUGUAUGUUUUAGAGAUUCUGCAGGGGGUGUGUAAAGUUCUGGUAAUUAAUAAAUAGCAGAAGCAAAAUCUAUUCAUGUACAAUUUCAUGAAGUAAUAUCACUAUACACCUACUUUAUCAGUGAAGAUUUUACUUCAUCAGUGCACUGUAGGAGCUUCUGUCAGUAUGCACUAGUGUUUGAGCGCUGUAAGUAAGGCCACAGUCACACUGAAGCUAAUUUUGGUUGUGUUCAACUUUUAGUUUUAAACUUUGGUAUGUUCACACAUAAACACACACAGUUCAGUAAUUUACAGAUGAAUGGGGAAAAACAUGGGUAGUGGCAACCAUGUUUACAGACAUUUUGUGCAUUGCCAUCAGAAGUGAACUGAAUAGCUAUUUGUUAAAGACACCUUCAUAUCAGGGCUGUUUCUUUUGUUUUUGUGUUUGAGUUUUUAGAAAUCCCCCAAAAAACAAAGUAUGUCAUGAUCUUUAGUAUUAUCAGAUCUUGCUUAACAAAACAGCUCAUUCUAAACCUAAAAACAACUGCUAUAUCUUAGAAAAAAUAAGCCUCAUUCCAUGAUAUCACAACCUAUUUUAUAGGCAUAAACUGGACCCCCUAAGAUGCUUAAUAAUAGGUGGACAUGGCAACCCUUGCACUCUGUGAAACAGCCUUUCAUAAAUAAACCACCAGAUAUUUAUAUGUGUCUUUAUCAACUAGUUAAUCAGUUCACUUCUGUUGACAAUGCACAGAAUGGGCUCUGUUUUAACGAUCUAGCCACAGUCUAAAGCGCAUGGUGCAAAAGCAUGAAGGGCAGGUCGGAAUCCACUUUUGCUAUUUGAAGGACGGAAAAAUACGUUUGUGCCCUGGUCUAACAGGGUUUUGCUUAUUCUCUUAAUGGGUUAUGAGUGUGUUUUGAGAAAAACGUGCAUUAAACAAAUCAGAGUUUCCUCUCCCAUUCCCUUUAAGAGUCAGUUGCGUCACGCUGUGGAGCAUUUGCUAUUUACAUGGCGGACUUUGUAAGUGGAGAAACUGAACACGUCACUAGCGAGAAAACAGUUAAACAAACCAUUUGUAGCGUGAGGAUAAAAAAACAAGCCUUCUUCAUCCGGCCCCUUUACUUUUACUCUUUACUUUACUCCUUUACUUUUGUGGAUAAGGAAACGUACGCAAUCCACUGAAGACAUCCAUUAGCCUGCAUGUUUGUUUUUGUUUGUUAAGCGCAAAGAUUUGUUUCAAAACUAUUUCUAAAUUCAGUUCUAAUUUCCAGCAAACGAAUAAAUUAACAAUAAUAACAAAGUGUGGUCAAAAAACCUUAUUGCGCUGGGUGUAUGAUAAGGCCCAAUGUUUGUAAACGUGGUUGCCACUUCCUGUGUUUUUCCCCAUUAAUUUGGUCACUUCUGUAAAUUACUGAAUGCAUACUACAUAUUCUGUGUGUGUGAAAGCAUACCAAAGCCUCUGUUGACACUGGCAUAGUUAAAAACACUGAAUAUUAUUAGGGUUUAAAAAGUAGCUGGAUGCCAAAUCACAAGAUGUCAACUUGAUGGACACAGUAGUGCCAGUCAUGGCAUUUUAUGGAGUGAGCCAUGAUCUGUACACACACAGAAUGAUAAUUCACUUCACCUCAAAAAUUCACUUUGGAAUUGUCCUGUUUGUAUAUGGCCUGUGUGAAUUGGGAUGCAGCUAAUAAUUUUGAGUCACUCUUAAUUUUAAGAUUAAUCCAGUUUGUAUAGCGCCGUGACCCAAGACGAUCAAAAAAAUGAAGAAACACUAGUAAAGGAGCAAGAUCUAUUGUGAAACUCAGUCCGUGUGUACUGUGUAGUUUGUCUUGCUUUUAAUCUGUUAGUGGACUAUGUAGAGAGUGCUGUUGUCUGGAUGAGGGUCAGGGGGCAUCAUUAACUGUGGGGCAGGAAGUGUUGAUAGGACGCCACCCUGCUAACUGCGUCUGUGUGCUGGAAAGUUCCACACAGUUUGGAAGGAGAGGAUGACGACAGGUCAUCGGUGACAUCACAGGCCUUCAAUAUCUCCUGCUGUGCAGGAUCAUGUGACGGGAGGCCACAGUAUUGUAAUACACAGGAACAGUGUGUGUUUGAAUAGACGCCGCAUUGUUAAGCAUUAUUAGCAGAUUUGCACUUUUUUUUUGGCCUUUUUAUUUGCAAUUUAAAGAGACAUACAUGAUAUUUCAAAGUUGCUACAACUUUGUAUGCUUUGUUAAAGCAUCAUCAGAUGAGAAAACAAUCUCCAAUACAGAUCAUGUCACUGUUUUGUCUUUUGAUGAGAAAUUCAGACAUCUUGUUAAAUUCAAAUGAUGUCUAGGAAAAAUGUUCCGUGUCUAUGAGAUCUGUUUGCUGCAGGAGUACCUGAGAAUGGAUCUUGUUCCUUUCAGAACGCACACAUGAACUUAAAGGGAUAGUUCACUCACAAAUGAAAAUAUACUCACUGUUUACUCACCCUCAAGUGCUUUUAAACCUUGGAGUUAUUUUUUUUCUCCUGUUAAACACAAAAUAAGAUGUUUUGAAGAAUGUUGGAAACCUGUAACCAUUAACUUCCAUAGUAGGUUAAACUAAUACUAUGUGGUGUCAGUGGUUGUCAACAUUCUUCCAAAUAUCUUCUUUUGUGUUCAACAGGAAACAAAAAGACACUGAAACAGGUUUCUGAUAAGGGAAGGAUAAAGAAUGACAGGAUUUCAUCUUUGGCUGAACUACAGUAUUCCUUUAUUUAGCAUCUGAUAUAAAUUGACAUGCUCCUAACUACAUUUCAAAAAUGAUGUUCUUCCUCAGUGUAUUUGUCUUGCUUUCAUGUCCACAAAUAUCUGAACAUUCUUAAAUCAAAACGAUGCUAAAUGCCAUGUGAUGUUUAAGGGAUAGUUCACUCAAAAAUAAAAGUUAGCUUGUUAAGUUACUUUACUUCAAGCCAUCCAAUCUGUUGGCAACCAUUAAAAAAUAAUAAAGACGAUUUUUAGCUUAAAUUAUGGAGAGAAUACUGGCACUUUGAGAGUCGUAAAAUGUAAUACUCAUGACUAGGACCAGACAGAAUCUGCAGACAUUUUUUGCUAUUCCUGUAGAGAAUUUUGUUAAAAAUCUGCAGAUUUAUGUGGAAUGAUUUUGGGAGUAUCAUAACUAAAAGCUAAAAAUAAUACAUUUUUAACUUUUAUUUAAUGUUUACAAUGCAAAUCCAAUUAGAUCCACUUAUAUGGUAAACAAAGUCUCUCAUAUAAUAUAUCUACUAAAAGACAGAAAAUAUUACUGUACAAACUGUAUUGUAAAUAUAUCAGAUCAACAUUUUAAUAUAAUUAAUUUCAAAUAUUAGUAAAUAUAAAUUUACACAAGUAAAUACAUAGACAUGAUGGGUUAAAAAUCUGCGGAUUUCUGUGUGCGCAGAUUCCAUGUGGGCCUACUCGUGACCCUUGAUGAUGUAUUGAGGUUUUAUGAAGCAAAACAAUGAAUAUGUUCUGAUUAUUUGCAGCAUUAUAACUUCAUAGCAUUAUAACAAUUUUGUGUUUGCAGUAAAUUUGUGUUUUUUUUUUUAUUGUUUUCUCAAAACUCAAAAGUGGUGGUAGUAAUUGACUUAAAUUUCGAUUGUGACGUGUGUAAAUUGGCAGCAAAUUGUCUUUUUUUUUGUAGAACCGUCUCUUCAAAUGUUUGUUUUUCUUCUCUGGCAAAAAUACAUUUACAUUCGUUUUUCAGAGGAAAAAGAACUAAAUGUUACCAGAGAAUGUUGAUAACCCAGUCUCACAGAAAAUAAAAUGGAAAAGUUUCUAAUUGCUAUCUAAAUCUCUAAAUUGUAUGAAUGUAAAAGAUAUUUAGAAUAAAAACUGGGAAUGUACAAAUGAGAGUUGUCAAAACAGUGAGGAAUUGCCAUGAUAUUGUGUUGCAUUAAUGAAGUUGUUGCAGGUCCAUUUACUUUCAUCACUAAAACAAAGAAAAAAGUUGACUCAACUUAAAACUGUAAGGCAACUUGCUGCAACAGCUUUUUUUGAGUUGACUCUACCUUUUCUUUUAACUGAACUUCUGGAGUUGAGUCAACUCAAAAAAAGUUGUGCAGCACGUUCCAAUACAAUUUUAGAUGAAGUUUUUUUUUUUUUUUUAACGGUAUUUCAUUUCUUUUUCUACCAUGGAAGUCCAUGUGACCCAUAUACAGUUUGCAGGAGGGGAAAGAAAUUCAAACAGGUUUGGUUUGACACAACAUAAGGAUGUAUUUCUCAUCCCUGUAAGAAGAAUGUCUUGAUUUAUGACUAUUUUAGAUAUUUUUAUUGAAACACAAGACAAAAGUCAGAGAGAACAUACUUUUCACAUUUCUGUUAAUUAAUAUUGUUACAGAAAAGAACCCCAUGUAUUCAGGUGUGUUUUAUUUUGAUAAAACAUUUAUUCUUUUUAAACCCGAUGUGCUCCUCCAAACAUACUAAUGAGCGCUUCAUUGUCAGAACGGACAGACCUGUGAGUCCAAAGUAGCAGAAGCAAGUUGAAUGGGCUUUAAAGGUGGUGUAUGUGCUGUUUGUACUGGUACGUAGCUGUGUGUUAGUCACACUAUGUGCUGUUCUACUGUAACGUGUUGCAGGUACUGACCGUUUACAUCAGUGUAAAUAUCCUCAUCUGUUCAUGUGUGUGCAAUGGUCAAUAAACUGAAGCCUGUGCUUUCGAUUACACUA